AGGGGAAAUCACUGCGCAGGAGAUCCCAGGUGUGAGAACUGUUGUCUGCUCCUUCAGUAUAAUCUAGGAGAUAAACUGGAACACUAUUUUUUCUCUUGAUCGAAUUGUUGUCAAUUUCGAAGAUGGCAGGCAGGGCAUUGAUGCGAGCAGUUCGAGUGGCUCAGUUUGGUGGACCGGAAGUGCUGAAAGUGGAUACAAAUGUUCCUGUACCAGCGCCAUCAGAUACACAGGUGUUGGUUGAGGUGAAAGCUGCAGGAGUUAAUCCAGUGGACACAUACAUUCGCAGUGGCACAUACGCUAUCAAACCACCCCUUCCUUUUAUCCCAGGGUCGGAUGUGGCAGGCAUUGUUAAAGAUGUAGGAUCAAAAGUCACAAAGUUCAAGCCAGGGGAGAGAGUGUUUGUGUCUCGGAAGAUGUAUGUGGCUGAUGGCUAUGCAGAGUACAGUGUAGCUGAGGAAACAGACACAAGUACGCUGGGAGAGAGUCUGACCUUUCAGCAAGGGGCAGGGGUCGGGAUACCUUACUUCACUGCUUUCAGGGCUCUGUGUUAUGUGGCACGUGAAAAGUUAAAGGCUGGCAACACGGUUCUUGUGCACGGGGCCAGUGGAGCUGUGGGCCUUGCUUGCGUACAGAUAGCUGUGGCUAAGGGGCUGAAAGUGUUGGGUACAGCAGGUACACAAGAGGGCAUGGACAUGGUUUCUAGUCAAGGGGCAGCUGCAGUGUUCAACCAUAAGGAACCUGAUUAUACAGAAAAGAUACUGGAGGAAACAGGAGGGGUAGGGCCAGAUAUCAUUAUCGAGAUGUUGGCCAAUGUCAACCUGCAAACAGACAUGACAAUCAUCAACAAGAAUGGUAUUAUAGUGGCUGUUGGUAGCCGUGGUAACAUAGAAAUUAACCCCCGAUUGACAAUGCAGAAGGAAUCAACCUACACUGGAAUGAUCCUCAUGAAUGCAUCGCAGGAUGAAUGGUCAGAGAUGCACGCCGGUAUAAAGAAGGGCCUGGAAGAGGGCUGGUUACGGCCCCAUGUGUGUAAGGAAUACAGCUUCGAGGAGGCCCCGCAGGCACACAUUGACGUCAUCAACAACACUGGCUCCCUCGGGAAACGUGUCAUAGUUACAUAAGCAGGAAAUUUACAGUACAACAAGUCGUGAUAAACAUUUAAUUAUAAUCUUAAGUUGUUAAAAUGCAACUAGUCAUAUGUAUCUUACCUUUAAUGUAAUCAGAACAUACUACCACAAUAUGUAAUUGGAUAUGUUUGGAAUAGUCUUCAAAUGUGACAUGUUAAUGUGGACAUAUAGUGUCCUUCUUUGAAAUGCGGUACGGUAUUUGUGGUGUCUUUAUCUUAAUUUAAUUUUGUAAAUGAGGUUACCUCAUGAAUGUAAGGAAUUGACAAUGCCGACACUCUCGGGAAACGUAUUUCUUUGAUACACUUUUUAGGAGGGUGUGAAGUGAACAAGACUGAUGAACUUGGCAUGAUUUAUACAGUCCGCGUUGACGUUAUCUUUGUAAUCGCGUAAAUACUUAGCCAUGCACAAGAUACCACUAGUAUUACUUGCGUUAAUUUUCUUAAGUUGAACUAUAUUGCAAUAGAGGUUAUAGUCUGGAAUGAUUGCUGCCUAUUGCAAGUACACUCUAACCACAAAAACUUGAAUUCCCAGGAACUGGCGAUAACACCUUGAGCCUCGCCAAAUUUGAGCCAAGUGGGAAUGCUUACAUUCAGUUUGAAAAAUAGGUCCUUUACAUCUAAUUCGAAGCAACGAGGAAAUCAAGCAAAUGGAGUUUGAGCCAACAAAGCCUACUGUUCGUAGAUUUAAUGCUUGAAAGAUACUAUUUCAGUUUGUCGAUUUGUACAAAUGGUGUGAAUGUGAUGUAUGCAUUAAAAUUUAAUUGGCAGAUUGUUUAGAACUUUGUUAAUGGUUGUUAACAUCAUCAUUGUUAACUUUUAAAUCAUUUAUGCGCUUGAACAUUCUUGAAAACACUUUAUGAUCUGCAGUAUUUCUUAAAGGAUUUGAAGCAACUGUUUAAGUUUUACUUUUUUAUUGAAAGAUAUGAUCAUAUCAUAAAAUAGUCCACCUUUUUUAAGUUAACAGUGAUGUCGUUAAUCAAUUCGUUAUAUUUAACAAUGUUCUGAGCAAUCAGCCCACUGACUAUGCCUUUAACUUCAAACUGAUGUAGAUAGUACUAAGCUAAGAAUGGCCCUUCUUGACCUUGUUAAUGAAGGAAAUACCCUCAUUGAUUUUUAUAUUAGGAUAGUUGAUGUUUUGGUGCUAGUUAUACAUUAUUGUUUUAAAACUGUGUCUGUGAUGAUGAAGUUAAUAAACAGCAGCUGCUA